AUGCACAAACUCACCAGCAUUCCGGCGAUUGCGGGAUCCGUGCACCUUGACCCCGAUGUCGUGGAUGCCCGCCAUCUUGCAAAUGCCGCCAAUCAUCUCCGAAGCGAUGAUGCCGCUGCCGGCAGACUUGGGGUACACUACGAGCUUCACCUGGCCGAACUUGGCCUCAAUGCCCUCCGGGAUGGUGUGGCCAUUGUACCGCGGGAUGGGGAACAGGUUCCUGCGCAAGAGUGGGAGGUGUGGGGGGUUGGCAAGGGUGGUUGA